AUGCCUCCAGUCAAACAAGUAUAUAGCCAACAACAACAGCCCUCUAACUGGGACAAGUUCAAAAUGGGUCUUAUGAUGGGUACUUCUGUGGGUGUGUGUACCGGUAUUUUGUUUGGUGGGUUUGCCAUUCUUACGCAAGGGCCUGGUCCAAACGGUUACAUAAGAACUCUUGGGCAGUAUAUAGCCGGUUCAGCGGCCACUUUCGGUCUAUUUAUGAGCAUUGGCUCCAUUAUUCGCAGUGAACAACAAUCUUCACCACGCAUGAACACAUCCACCACGCUUUCGUUGCAGCAGAGAGCAUCACUCCAAGCGUGGAAAGCAAGAGAAACUUACGGAUUAUACAGAAACGAAUUGAGAAAACUCUGA